GUGAGUGUUUCUUUUCGAUUACUUCCGACAGGAUGUUGUAGUAAAAGGGUCGACCCGUCCAAUCCACCGCUGGUGCUCCGUCGUCCCUCCGCUUGGUUUCCGAACCGCGAAGGUUCAAGUUCUCUGCGCGUCGCUCGAGCUUCAUGUGCCGCGCCGUAAGGCUGAACCCACAGCACUCAGACUCUUUUCAUCAUAGGCAGCUCUUCUACGAGAUCCACGGUCCAGCUGCAAAGGCAGAGUCUCAAAACACACUUGAUGUGUAUACGUUUUAUGCCAAGCCCGCGCAGACAAGCAUACACCUGCGCAGGGCGGUCUCUAGAUGUGGUUGUCUUCGGACGUCAUAUGAAAAGCCUGUCUUAAGCUUCCGAGCUGCAGGUCCAUGCUCGAGGAGUGUGGUUACUGGCUCACACGGCUGGGGCGGAUUCCGGGCGAGAUACGGGCGACUGGGUGCUGGACGGGACAAUGGAUUGGCUUCGGGAGAUGAGAUCUCAUGCAAGCCUGCUUUUGCAGCACUGAUCGUUUCUUCUUCUGCUUCUCAUUCGCUGUAACAUGGGUACUGAUUGAUGCAUCCUAGAUUCUUGAAUUCCGUGCAGGACCAUUUGUUCCGUUGCUAUACACGAUUCCUUCGUAGUCCACUUGGACUUGUGACACCGAUGUUCUCCGCCUACGGCCUUGACCGGCUUUUCUGUCGCAUUUCUGCUUUGCCGUCGCAGCCCGGACGAGUGUUCCGAGAUAGAUAGGACGCAGUGUUAUGGCAUGAAAGAUACGGAAGACAUCUGGGGGAUCGCGGAUCUGUUGAGCCGAGCGUUGUUAAGAACGCUCCCCGAACCGUCGCCCUUCGAAGUCUCGUGAUCUCAUCCUCUUUCUGCUUGUCUGAAUGUUCAG